GCAGUCAGCUGAUAGUCAAACUACAUUCGGUUCAAAUAAAAAACACGCCAAAUUUUUAGUUUUUCUUUAAGAUUUUUAAUUAAUAAUGCAUCGUUUCAUGAAUAUUUCGGUUUUUAAAUUUACAGAGCAUUUGUUACACGCUCGUCGACCAGCGAGUGGAUGUGGCGAUAAGAAGAAUCAAUGUCCUAAUAAAGAUCCUUGCGCUAAUCAAGAUGGUUGUGCUAAUCAAGAUGGUUGUGGCAAUCAAGAUCCUUGCGGCAAUCAAGAUCCUUGUCCUGUUGUAGAUCCUUGUGCCAUCAAAGAUCUAUGCGGACAGCAAAACAAAUGCCCAAAGAAAGAUUCACGUGGCAAGCAAAACAAAUGCCCAAAAAGGGAUCCAUGUGGAAAGCAAAACCAAUGUGCCAAUCAAGAUCCAUGUGCACAGAACAAUCAGUGCGGAAAUAACAAUCAAGGCGGAAACCAAGGCGGACAGGACUCUAAGAAGCACCAGUGCGCUAACAAAAAAGAAAAAACGGGUCCACGUUGCAAGGACGGUCAGGGUGGCAAGGAUGGCAAAGAUGGCAAAGGUGCCAAAGCUAAAUAGUGAAAUCACCAAUGUAAUACUGAUUGGGUGAGGCAAAUCAGUAUCUGCAUUGCUAUCGACGACUGGCGCCAUCUUUUACUAAAAGUAGUUCCCAUAAUGGAUCACAAAAAAUCCAAUAGUGGGAAGAAGCAAGAUGAAUCAGUUUGGGUUUACUGCUCGGCUGAGCACACACUGAGAUCAUAAAAGCGAAACGCUCAGCAGACAUUAUAAAGCCAUAAAGCAACAAGUAAAAUCGGCGCAAAAAUAGCUGGCCAGCAGGGAG